CCCCUGUCCCGGCGUACCCCGCCGGCGGUGAUGGCGGAGGGCAGCGGCAGCGGUGGUGGGAGCGGCAGCGGCCGGGGGCUACCCGCUGCGUUCCGCCGCUGGGAGCAGCUGCGGCGUCGGGCCGCGGCGCCCUGGGCCCGCGGGCUCCUGGCCGUGGCUGCCGGGCUCGGGCUCGUGUACGCGGUGCUGCGGGUGCCGGUGCGGCUCCGGGACGGCCUGGCGGCCGUGACUGUGUUCUUAAGCACUUUGACUCCAAAAUUCUACUUUGCCCUUACAGUAACUUCAUCUUUUAUAUCUGGAUUGAUAUUUGUGUUUGAGUGGUGGCACUUCCGAAAAUACGGCACAUCUUUCAUUGAGCAGGUUUCUGUCAGCCACCUGCGGCCCCUCAUCGGGGGUGCAGAGAGCAGCCCCCCAGCCCCAGCGGCUUUCUCGGCGGGGGACAGUGAGAGCAGCAGGCAGAACAUGCCAGAGUGCAAAGUGUGGCGAAAUCCUCUCAAUCUUUUCAGAGGGGCAGAGUAUAGCAGGUACAUGUGGGUGACUGGGAAGGAGCCUCUUACUUACUAUGACAUGAAUUUGUCUGCUCAAGAUCAUCAGACGUUUUUCACGUGUGACACGGAUGCACUUCGUCCUUCAGACACAGUCAUGCAGAAAGCCUGGCGGGAGAGGAACCCGCAGGCCCGGAUUAAAGCAGCGCACCAGGCUCUGGAGUUGAACAAUGAUUGUGCUACUGCAUAUGUCCUCCUGGCUGAAGAAGAAGCAACAACUAUUGUGGAUGCUGAGAAAUAUUUCAAGCAGGCUCUGAAAGCAGGAGAAAUGAUUUAUAGAAAAUCUCAGAACUGCCAUUCCCAGAGCCCCCAGCAUGAAGCACAGCUGAGAAGAGACACCAAUGUAUUGGUAUAUGUGAAAAGGAGAUUAGCUAUGUGUGCCAGGAAACUUGGAAGAAUACGAGAAGCAGUAAAAAUGAUGAGAGAUUUGAUGAAAGAGUUUCCACUUCUCAGUAUGCUGAACAUCCAUGAGAACCUCCUGGAGGCCCUUCUGGAGUUACAGGCUUAUGCAGAUGUCCAGGCAGUUUUAGCCAAGUAUGAUGAUAUCAGUCUUCCCAAGUCAGCAGCAAUAUGUUACACAGCAGCUCUGCUAAAAGCCAGAGCUGUUUCAGAAAGGUUCUCCCCAGAAACUGCCUCCAAAAGAGGGCUUAGUACAGCAGAAAUUAAUGCUGUGGAAGCAAUUCACAGAGCUGUGGAAUUUAACCCUCAUGUUCCAAAGUAUUUACUAGAGAUGAAAAGCCUUGUGCUGCCCCCAGAGCACAUUCUGAAGCGAGGGGACAGUGAGGCAGUGGCCUAUGCAUUUUUCCACCUCCAGCACUGGAAGAGGAUAGAAGGGGCUCUAAAUCUGCUGCACUGCACAUGGGAAGGCACAUUUAGGAUGAUCCCAUACCCAUUAGAGAAAGGACAUCUUUUCUAUCCCUACCCGAGCUGCACAGAGACAGCAGACAGAGAACUGUUGCCAACAUUUCACGAAGUCUCCGUUUACCCCCAGAAGGAGCUUCCCUUUUUCAUCCACUUCACAGCAGGCCUGUGUUCCUUUUCAGCCAUGCUGGCUCUGCUCACCCACCAGUUCCCUGAGCUGAUGGUUGUUUUUGCAAAAGCAUGCUUUGGGAUUCUCACCCUUCAUCUUCCCUAUGGAGCACACUGAGGAUUUGCUGCUGUCCAGCCCCUGGCAUCAGCUCAAUCUGCUGUGACUGGGGUGUAUUUUCCAUGAUAGUUUGAUUUUAUUGUCAUGAGCCUCACUUGGUGGUUGGCUGACCCCCAGCUGUGUGAAGCUGACAGGCUUCCAUGUUGAUGGUGCUUAACAUGUGAAUUUCUUCUUUGGCCUUAAUCUGUAAUCAUCUAAGAAAACAGUUCUUGUUGAGCAAUGGCUUAUUGCUAUCUAAAUCACUUGGACAACUGGAAGCUCAUACUUCCUCUGUAAGAAAGGAGAAUACACAAACUGAGCAGGUGUUUGGAGUAUUGAUGCUUCCUUCUCAGCUGCAGAUGCACCAGAUACUUGGCUUAGGUUUAAUUUUAUAAGCCUUUUUCAAAAUAUUUGUUAACAGCAAAGUAUGGUUCUGCUUUCUUUAUUAAAAUGUUGCUACUUAACACAUUGAA